GGUGUAGCUAUUAUAGAAAUUUCUAUAUACGAACUAGCUGACAAUAUUUAGGGGGAUGACAUACCGAAUAUGCACCUAAAAUUACAUGAGAAUCGGUCAAGCUGUUUCGGAGGAGUUUAACUACAAACAUCGGGACACGAGAAUUUUGUAUAUAAGAUAAGACUGCAAUUAUUAUUGAAACGAAAGUAGUAAUUUAUAAUGUAGUGUUUAUGUUCUCUUUGUUUAAAUCAUAUUUCAAUAGAAUAAAAUGACCACAGAUUACAAUAGAAGAAAAACUUAUUAGCAGCGCUAAUUUGUUUUCUCACUGAGACCUUCAAGUUAACCUGAAAACGUGUUGCCAUGGCAACCAAUUUUGUAAACUCAAUCCAGUAAUGUGAGUGCAAACGUGUUUAUCUUUGCAAAUUACUCUAGAUUAAUGCAUAAAUACACAAAGAAUGGAAUAUUUAAGGAAUAGAAAUGUGUAGAGAAUAUUUUGUGAAGUUUUUAAUAGGAGUUUUACUAAUAAUAACGGAUGACCCACAUAUUCAAGUUAAAAACUACUGAUUCACAAUGUCCACUAAAAUAACUGUCGACCAUAAGUCUAAGCGGGAGACAUCAAAAGACGACAACCUAAUCGUGAAAAAGCCUGAAGAAAAACUUAAGAAAACAAUAUAUAGUGUUUCAACCCCGCGGAAUUUUAUACAAAAGUCAUCAGCAGCUGAUAUAUAUGCAAAAAAAAACAAAGUACAUAGCGUCAAUGCUCCUAAAAAAACUGCAGCACCUACUUCUAAAACCAGCAAUGUUUCUCCAAUGAAGAAUAUUCUCAAAUCCUCACCGUCAAACGUAAGCCAAAUCAGCUCGAAGAGUUAUAGGUUAAAGUCAGUUAGUGAUGCCAAAGUUACGCCUAGGCAUACAAAUAAAACAAAUGCUACACUCGUGUCAUCUAAAAAUAUGGGUGUUGCGAAAAAGUUGCCUUUCACAAACAUAACAGUUAACUCUCCAAUAGCUAAAAGAAAGAUGAACAAUGAAGUUAAAGAACGAGACGCUAAGACGGAAGAAAAUAAAAGAAUUCAUGAAAAGUCAAAGAUCAAAGAUGUUGAGACCAAAGGAAAGAGAACAGCAGAGGAAAUACCAACUAAAGAAUUAAUGAAAAGGAAAGAAGUAGUCAAUCAGAAAGUUGUGUUGCCAGAACGUAGAAGAACAAAAACAAGAACAUUGGAAGAGGAAGAAAUAAAAAUUCUUACACCUGAUGUAGUAGAUAAUAACCUUGAAAUGUUGAAUCUGACUAAACGGCUAAGCGCGCAGCCGAAGGCUUUUUAUGUUGAUUUAAAUGAACAGACACAACAAAGGACAUUAGAGCAACCCAAAGAAAGUGAUGAAGAAGUCAGUUACGAAGACGAUUUUGAAAGUUACGAAUCAGACUUCGAAUCUUAUCAGAGUGAAUCAAAAAGUGAUCAUUCAUGUACUCCUGAUGAUAAUUAUUCUUGUGGAAGUAAUGAAUAUAAUGUGGAUCGUGAUUGUCCAAGCAAUAAUGAUUGUUAUGAUAAUACUGCUCAAGCGAAUGAUGAAUCACAUUCGAAAGAUGAAAGGAUGCUCGAUUCUGGCAAUUUCGACCUACGCGAUCCCCGUUCCGUUAAUAAAACUAAACCGAUGGACUAUAUUAUCGAGGGUUCUGAAGACAUCGACAAGAAGAUCUCUUUGACUGAUGAGGGUUUUCAAGAAAUGUCCAGCUCUAGUGGUCUGUCCAGCAUGAAAACUUUGCAUAUUGAUAUUCUUGACAGACCACUCUUCAUAGAUUUCACGAAAUCAAAAGAGAAUAGACGAAAGAGGAAAAUAUUUGAGAGGCUCCAACAACGGGCAGAUGAUAUACUCAGUAUGGUUACACUGCAUGAAAUGUCCUACGAUUUGUAUGAAAUGAAACCUAUACCUUACGAUUUGUACAUGGCAACUUUUGGUAGAUUUAAUUACACACAAACUGCUGUACAGACUUUCGAAGAUGGUAUUACUACGGAAAUUCAAACCGAAGAUAUAUUAAUGACAGAUAAGUGGACACAAAAUCCGAUAGAAUUCUCUAAUAAUCAUUAUUUAGACAGUCAAAAAGAUAUUAAUAUUAAAAAGAAAGGCAGCAUAGAGAAUUUCACCUUUCUUUUUAAUAAUGAUCAAGAUGAUAUAAACAAUAUCAUAGAUGAAAGUUAUCAAAACAAUCCUUUAAGAAUUUAUUUGGAGCAAAAAGAUGGAGUUGGUACAAACAAAGUACUAUCGUAUGAAAAUUAUAAAAUUAAAUUAAAAAACAAUGAAUACGACCACAAAAAACUAAGGAAGUUUCUCAAAAAAGUCGAAAGUAGAAUUAGUAAUAUGUUGAGUAGAAGUUCUGGCAAUGCUUUAUCAAAUUUGAAUAAAACUUCUAAGUUUCCUUUUAGUAACGAAUAUUUAUUAAUUAAAACUACAGACAUAAAAGGUGAUAAAUCUUUUUUGAAUAAUUCACAAAUAAUCGCUGCUAUAUAUUCCGAUACAAAAAAUAAUUUUAUCGUAACAGUCCAUAGUAAACUUUCUACUGGAUUUAAUAAAUGUGUCUUAUCCUUGUGGGAUUUAAGUAUUGACAUUUUGAAACCGUUGAAAAUACUACUUGCAACUAAUGAUGUCAAAAUUGCAAGAUUUAGAGGAAGUACAAGUGGUUUCAUUGUUGGAGGAUUGUGUGAUGGAACCAUUCUACUGUGGGACCUUUCCGAGGAAGCAACUUGGUGUUAUAAUAUUGCUGACGGAGAAAACUCUAGUAAAACGGUAGACAUAGAUUCAAAAACAUAUAGUGAGAGGCGAAGCACUCUCCAAGUUUGCGCGUAUACGAGCAGUGCUCUGAAUCUAUCCAAGAGCGAAUUGGCAGACAGCAUAGUCGGUUUGGAGUUUAUGGGCGUUACCAAAAACAUGGAUUACGAUCGAAAAAUACUUGCUCAGAUUUGUUCUCUACAAAGCAUUGGAAUAAUAACAAUAUGGUCGAUAAUACAUGAGAAAACUAAACACUUGAAACACGAUAUAGGAAAGGCAUUGUGGUCAACAAUGAAACUGGAGAGAAAUCAAAUAAUCAAUUUAGCACAGCACAUAGACUCACCAUUGCAGGAUGCAGAAAUAACAAGUUUGAGUUUUAAUUUAAAUUCAGCCAAGAAAAGGAUGGCAAAAAAACGGUUGUUGAACAGAACCAAAGUUUCCCGCCCAAUAUCCGCCAUUGCUAAAUGUCAAGAAGACAGUUCGAGUGUAGCCAGUAAAAAUAAUUUUGUAGAUAAAACGGACUCGUUAGACAAUAAUAUUGUAUGCAACCAUUUUAAAAUUAUGAAUUUAAAUGGCGUUGAAAAUUUUUUAGUUGCUAAGAAUGGGGGUGAAGUGCUAUGUUGUAGAAGGGAUAUCGGCAGCUUUAAAGUCAAAACAUUCUGUGUAUCAAAUUCCGCAUCGUCAUUGACAUGUAUAGAAGCGUCACCACACGGUUUACCGUACUUCUUAGCGGCGACCAACUGUGGUACCGUCAAUAUGUGCUCCUUGCUUGACUACAGGGUUUUACUCACAUUGGACUGCAGGAAUGGUCCAUCAUCAGUAGUAGAAAAAUGUCAGUCGGACCACAAAGGAAGAUAUUUGGGCAGCGUUAAAAUGAAUACUGAUGAUUUAGAAAAUGUUAUAGAGUCUAAGCUACCCAUAACAUCUGUGACCUGGUUACACACGAAUCCCUUCUGCAUCACGGCGACCUUCGACACCAGGAUAGUGGUAUGGGAGUUGACUCAGAGCGAUAUCAGAACUAAAUGCAGAAGCGAUGGAGUCGCUUGUACGACAAAUGAACGAUCUUUGGCGCUGCUAACAAAAACGGGAGACGUCCAAGUGUUCAAACUGACUGACUCAAAGGAAAACUAUAUGGAGUUAUUCCAAAAAUAUGUUGCACUUUUGUAGAUUUGUAGCUCGUAAAUAAACUAAAAUAUCUUACGACGCUUAGCUUAAAGAUACCGCGCAAGUCAAAUUUUCAGUUUGCAAGAGUAAAUAAAUAUGAAAAUUAAAUCAAAUUCAAAUGAUAAAUAU